AUGACAGAACCCUAUCUCCUAACAGCUAGCGAGGCUGGCACCUUAAUGAAGAAAGGAGACCUAACAGUAGAAAACUACGCCAAAUCCCUCCUCUCACGUAUCCAAGAAAGAGAUGCCCAAGUAAAAGCAUGGGCCUAUCUCGAUCCCCCUUUCGUCCUCGAACAAGCGAGGAACCUAGAUCAGAUACCCGCCGAAAAAAGGGGUCCAUUACACGGAAUAGCCAUCGGAGUAAAAGACGUGAUUCUCACCAAAGGUAAGAUUACUUUUCCCUUAUCCACAAGCCUAUUUCAGAUAUCUGACAAGAAACUCACUCUCCCCAGACAUGCCCACAAAACUCAACUCCCCAAUCUACUCCUCCUCCGGCCCCAGCACCAUAGACGCCGCCCCCAUCAUCACCCUCCGCGCAGCAGGCGCCCUCAUCCUCGGCAAAACAACCACAACCGAAUUCGCCGCCGUCACCACCGGGCCCAGCACCACCAACCCGCACGACAGCACGCGUACGCCCGGCGGCUCCUCCUCCGGGUCCAGCGCGGCGGUCGCUGGUUUCCAGGUCCCGAUCGCGUUGGGCACCCAGACUGGUGGCUCGACCAUCCGACCCGGGAGUUUUAAUGGGAUCUUUGCGUGGAAGCCGACGUGGGGGGCGGUGUCGAGGGAAGGGCUCGCGCAGUAUUCGGUUACGUGUGAUACGGUGGGGUUUUAUGCCAGGACGGUGGGGGAUUUGGAGAUGUUGGGAGGUGUCUUGAGGGUUGAGGAUGAUGAGAGAAUACCUGAGAGAGGGUUUGGGAUGGAGGGGAAGAGGAUUGCGUUUUGUAGGACGCAUGUAUGGGGGAAGGCGGGGAGGGGGACGAAAAAUGCAUGGGAGGGGGCGAAGAAGAUAUUAGCGAGUCGUGGUGCGGAGGUAGAAGAAAUUGAGCUUCCGAGCGACUUUGAGAGGAUCAGUGAGUGGCAUGCUAACGUCCUUGCUGGGGAGGGAAGAACGUCGUUUUUGGGAAGUAUGUGUACCCUGCUUCCAGAAGCUGUUUUUGAGUUGCUGACACAGCAAGAUUAUCUCCUUGCAAAAGAGAAAAUGCAUCCCAUGCUCCACGACCACGUCAACAACACAAGCAAGUUAACCCGCAAAGCUCAACUCGAGGCCUACGAUGGAUGUGCGAGACUCCGACCGGUAUGGGAUGAACUAGCUUCGAGAUACGAUGCCGUGCUCACACCUAGUGUUGUGGAUGAAGCACCCGUGGGGACGGAAAGUACUGGUGAUGCUGUAUGUUUACUUCUACUACUUGCCCUUUUCUCCCUUUCGCGCCUUUCCAUAAUAUCCAUCUAACUUACCCUACCCAAAGUCCUUCUGCUCAAUCUGGACCAUCCUCCAAGUCCCCUGUCUCAACAUCCCCGGAUUCCAAGGUGAAAACGGUAUGCCUAUCGGUCUGACCCUCGUUGGACCAAGGUACACUGAUGAGCAUGUUUUGUGGGCUGGAAAGGCGAUUGGUGAUGUGUUUAAAGAGGAGGGAGGGUGGAAAUCUAAGGUGGUUUAGUUUCGAAGAUUUGUGUUGGGGUUUUUGUGUGUGUG